GGGCUGGCAGAGCGGCCUGGAGGCGGGCCAGGGCGCCAUGGAGGCAGGGGGCUCCCCAGGUUUGGAACAAAGACUCCACAUGCAGGUCCCCUGAGCCUGGGCCAGCAGGAUGGUGGUGGAGCCCGAGAGAGCCACGCUUCCGGACUGCGAGGUCUUGUGAAAGGCGGCCACCUCUCUGCGGCUCAGUUUCCACAUCUGAGAGAUGUCAGGGACUGGGUGAGAGCAAGGCGGGUGGUGCCUCGGAGAGCUCUGCUGGAUGGCCACAGGCAGGAUGGAUUGUGCUGAGAGGAGCCGGCGGGAACCCUGGUGCCCAUAGGGGCAGCUCCGUCUCCUGAAGAUGAAGGGGCCCAGGUGAAACUCAGGCCAGGCCCAAUGACCAGCUCCGGGACGGAGGUCCACUGGGCCGAGUCAGGCCUGGGAAAGGGGCCCCGGCGGAGGCGCUGGGCCUGGGCCGAAAAGGGAAAGGAUGCUGAUGGGAGCGGCACGUGCAGCUUGGUAGAAGAGGCGCCCUUUCCCAGUGCCACCAGCCCUGAGCUCCUGGAGGACUUCCGCCUGGCCCAGCAGUGCCUGCAGCCACUGGAGUGGAGGGGCCCGGACUCACAGCCUGAUGGGCACCCAGAUCCUGAAUCAGGAGAGUCUGCAGAAGAGGAGUUUGAAGCAGAGGAUGUGGACAGCCCAGAGAGUUCCAACUUGCCACUCAACUGGCCCCCGCAGCAGUAUCCUCAACUGGACGUGACUGAAGAGGAGCCAGAUGAGGCCCUGGGAGGUCCUGAGGUCCAGGAAGCUGGAGAGAGCUCCCCAAGGUUGGGGUAUGACACUGAUCUCAGCUCGGGGGGCAAUGGGAACACCAGCCCCAUGGCUCUGGGCUGGGGUCAACCCACAGGCUGGGUGGCUUCUGACAAACAAGGCAGUGGAGACAAACUUCGAGAACAUUCUGAGUCUGCCAGGUCCUGGAGCAGUGGAACUGUGAACCUCAACCCCAGUGGCAGUCUGGAUUCUACCUGGGAAGGAGAGACUGAUGUCCCCCCGCCCGCUGCCCUGGCAGAAACUUCACCCCAGAGCUCCAGCCACCACCUCCUAAACCCAAACGAUAGAACUGGAGGAAGCGUUACUCUGGCGACGGCCACGGAAUUCCAGGAGUCCUCAGCCCCUCCAGCCCAGAGCGUCCAGUGUCCUGCAGAUAGAUGGAGGAGAGAAACCACCAGCCUCUCCUGCCCUCAGCCAGGGGACCAAUCCUGGAAGCGGACACGCAUAUCACCUAAGCCGCUCCCUUCCCGAUUCACCGGCUCCAUCAGCGCCCUGAAGCCUCCCCCUAGGCCAGCUCGACAGGACAGGCCGCCGCCCAGGCCGGGAGCCACUCUGGCUGGUCACUCAUCUUCUGACACCCCCAAGUACGGCCGGGGGCGGCUGAACUACCCGCUCCCUGAUUUCUCCAAGGUGGGACCCCGGGUGAAGUUCCCCAAAGAUGAGACUUACCGCCCCCCCAAAGCCAGGAGCCACAGCAGGCUGCCUGAGGGCCCUGCCAGGCCACUGAUCUUCAAGUCACCUGCCGAGAUUGUGCGGGAGUUGCUGUUAAACAGCGGAGAAGUCUGCCCGGGAGAGGACCCCCCUCCUACUCACCCCACCACCAGGUUACCCCAAGAAUUUCAGACGCCCGAACAGGCCACCAAGCUGGUCCAUCAGCUCCAGGAGGACUACCACAAGCUCCUCACCAAGUACGCUGAGGCUGAGAACACCAUCGACCAGCUGCGCCUCGGAGCCAAGGUGAACCUGUACUUGGACCCGCCCCAGCCCAGCCACAGCAUCCACACGGGGACGAUGCCCCAGGGGACCAAGGUCUUGUCCUUCACCAUCCCACAGCCCCACUCUGUAGAGCGGUGGCCAGGCCCUGCCAAGGGCCUGCAGACCUCUGAGGCUUCAGAGCCCUCACCCGGUGAGGUCCCCACUGGUGUUACCCCACUGACAGUCAAGGAGACCGAGGCUCAGAGAGGGUGGCCAUCAGCUGAAGGAGACCUGAACCCCUCCUCGCCCCCCAGCACACCCGCCCUAGGGUGGCUUCCGGACGACCCGGGCAUCGCCCAGGACCAGCCCUCAGCGGAGCAGGCCCAGGAGCUGACUUCUCAGGCCAGUCGGUUCCUGGCCAAGGUGGAGUCCUUUGUAGAACUGCUGCAAGCAGGACAGCUGACACCCCAGGACCAACUCAAGGUCUUCCAGCAGCUAAAGGCUGUCCACGCGGCCUUGGAGGAGGAAUAUCUGAAGGCCUGCAGGGAGCAACACCUGGGCCAGCAGCUUGCCGGCUCCACGGGGACACCCGGGAGAUUUGAUCCCGGCAGGGAGCUGGAGGCAGAGAUAUUCCAGCUGGGAAUUCGCCUGGAUGAGCUGAAGGACCACAUAGACCAGAACCAGCAGGAACCUGAGCCAGCCGGGUCAGACUUGGCUCUGGACAGCUCCCCAGCUGUGCCCUCCCCCCUCCAGCCAACGGGCCUGCCCCCUCCUUUGGAGCAAGCCCCCACGCCCGCCAUCCAGACCCUCUGCCCUGAGCUCGACGCCAUCAGCGCUGGCCUCCACCCAUUGCACGUGAACUUGGAUCUGAGCGCUACCAGCAAUGAAGUAGAGGACAGGCUGCUGGGCCUCCCGACCCCGCAAGGGCACAAGGAGCUGCGGGUGGAGCACGAUUUCCACGGCCUCCUAGAGCGGUACCUCAGUGUGAAGUCUCUCCCAGAAGCCCUGAGGCUGGAGGAGGAGGGGGAGGGGCAGGGCCACACCCUGGAAGUUGAGGGGCCAGCUUCAGCUCCAGGAAAAGCAGCGGCCACCAGGCUCCCCACCAGACAGCCCCCAGCACAGGCUGAGAGAAGUCACGGGGGCCCCGUCGAGGAAACCGUGGAGCAGAUGGCGUCUGUGAAGCCAGAAGACUUCCACGCAUCCGUGGGCAGAGACAGGCACCUGCAGGGCCUGGACAAAGCUGAGGCAGCUCCUUCAGGCCCAAGCAGGCCCCCCCCACCUCAGGGCACCAAGUCUGCGGAGUCCCACCAGAGCAGUCUGACCAGCCUAGAGGGAAGUGGCAUCUCUGAGCGCCUUCCCCCGAAGUCUCCGUGCCAAGCUGGCGGGCCCCACCUGGAGGAGCCCUGGAUGGCAUCCCCCGAGACAGACAGUGGCUUUGUGGGCUCAGAAACCAGCAGAGUGUCGCCCCUCACUCAGACCCCAGAGCACCGGUUCUCCCAGAUCAGCACCCGAGGGACAUUAGCCCAGUCUUUCACUCCGUCUGUGCCCCGAGAUGCAACCUCCCACCGCCAGACCAGGGGUCUUCCGGUACCCAGAAGAGCCUCUGAGCCCAUCAUACCCAGGAGCCGAGCCCAGAGGCUCCCACCUGGCCAGGACAGUCCUCUCGGGCAGAGGGCACCCAGCUUCUGCCUGGAGCGGGCACUGGCGGCUGAGAUGGUGGUCCCUGGCUCAGAGUUCAAGGGCCGAAAGCAGCUUUCUGAGCAGCUCCCCCAUGGCGCGACAAUCAGCUCACCCCCGACCCUGGCCCCUGCAGCCGCCGCUCCACCCCAUGGGCCCGCAGAGACCACCUCCACCUUCCUCCUCACCAGGACGGGGCGAGACCAGGCCAUCCGUGAGCUGCAAGAAGAGGUCUCCCGGCUCCGGCUCCGGCUGGAGGACAGCCUGCACCAGCACCUCCAGGGCAGCCCGAAGCGCCCAGCGUCCAACUUUGACCAUCCCACCCGGGCCCGGGACCAGCCAGCUGAUUCCUCAGCCACUUGGGGGUCCCAUUAUGGCAGUAAAUCCACAGAGAGAUUGUCUGGUGAGCCUGGGGGCGCAGAGCAAGAAGUCCCCGCAGGAAGGAGGCAAGCCAGGUCCUCCUUGGUGCCUCGGGAGGUGCCUCGAUUGUCCCUGAGUUCCGAAUCUGAGCCAGCCUCCCCCAGGCUGUUCUCUGAGAGGGGCAAGACCACCGAGGACAGUCCACAGGCAGCUCGGAAUAGAAGGAGAGGAGUGGGUAGCACCGGUCGGCCAGAGAGGGUCACCUUCCGGGGCCAAUACACAGGCCAGGAGUACCAUGUUCUGACCCCCAAGACUGUCCCAAGAGGCAGCGGCCCAGUCUCCUGUCCCCACUGCCGACCCGCUAGGACAGAGGAUCCAGGUGAUGCUGUCACCAAGGACCCACUGGGACCAUCUCACACUGAGACCCAGCGAUGUCCGCUGUGUGGUCGAGUUGGGUCCUCCUCCAAGGGGGAGGGCCCAGACUCAGCCGGCUCUGCACCGGAAAUGGCCGCCACCAGGAGAAACGCAUCUUCUACCUCCAGCCCCAAACAAAGGAGCAAGCGGACAGGGUCGUCACCCGCGCCGCCUCCUGCACUGUGGUAUCUGGCUGCCGCGCCCUCAGCGCCAGCCCCUCCUGCCUUUACCUACGUCUCCUCGGUUCCCCUCGUGCCUUAUCCAUCAGCCACUGUGUACUACGCGCCUGCAGCACCUACCUCAGCCCAAGCAGCUGCUGAGUGGCCCCCCGCAGUCUCCGCUCGGCCGGCCGGGAGACCCCGCCACUCCAUCCAGCUGGACCUGGAGGAGCUCAACAAGGCCCUGAGCCGAGCGGUCCAGGCUGCCGAGAGCGUCCGCUCCACCACCAAGCUCAUGAGCCGCUCCCUGUCGGCCGACCUGCGCCAGGCCCGCGGCCUGCGGGGCUCCUGCCUCUUCUGACUGCGCUCAAGGCUCAGAGACGCACGGGGGGCAGGGCUGGGCAGUCCCUGUCGCCCUGGAAGCCCCGCAGACCCUCUUGAGGAGGGCUCCCUCCGCACCGGCCCUGCCUGCUCAGCCUCCGUGUUUCCAGAACGGAAAGGGUAUCAGCUGGUCCUCCGGAGAAGUCACUUCCUAGGGACCAGCCCUGAAGGAGGUGCUGGGACUGAGGCCACCAUCUGUCCAGAUGCCAUCUCUGGGAGGCUCCUGGUCCUGCAUGUGUCCAUCUCCGGCUAACAAUAUGUAUUUUAUAUAUGGAUGGACAGAUUCCUGUUUUUCAAACUGAAGCAUUUCCUGGUCUUGGAUCCUUCUUAGGAGGCCAGAUAAGAAGGGCCAGGACCAGGGUCUCUGGCGAAAACUUGUCCAUCACCUGUGACCAGCCACUCCAGAGUAGGUGUCUCUGGGAAGGACGUGGUGGGGACCUUUCUCCUGGUGACUGGUGGUCAGUGGGGCACUUUGAGGCCAUUGGGAUAUCUCAGGAUGACACACACCCAGCUUCUCCAUGGUUGAGAGGCCUUUCCCGUGGGUCUGCUGGGAUGGAGACACCCCCCGGAGGACCCAGAAAGCCAUCCACCAUGGUCCCCCUCAGUACCUCACCCCGAGACCCCCGGCUCUACCCUGGGACCCCCGUGGAACUGAGCCAGUGGCCAGCUUCCUGCCAGGUCCUUGUCUGUGGCCAUGAGGCCAGGCCAUCUCCUGCUCCCUGACCUUGUAGCAGCUCAGACUUCAGCUUUUCUGGAAUGUGUGUGCGUCAGUGAUAUUUGUAUAUUUGGGACAUUAAAAAAUCUAUUUUCGUUAUGAGAGCAAAUAAAGAAGAGUGAAUAUUGA